UCGGUGUGUUGGUACCACUCACUGUCAUGGCCGCCUGAGUGAAUGGACGUUUUCGCCCCUGCUCCGCUAACGAACGUUUAGAAAAACAACAACAACCGUGUCCUCGCUUCUCUCCGAGCUCGAGUCCGUGUUUGUGUUCGUUACAGCGCGUCAUGGCGGGCACCAGCACCGCGCAGAAAACAUGGGAGAUGUCGAACAGCAUGCAGGAGGUACAGAGCAUAGAUGAAAUUUACAAAUACGACAAAAAGCAGCAACAAGAAAUCCUCGCUGCGAAGCCGUGGACGAAGGAUCACCACUACUUCAAGUACUGUAAGAUCUCAGCUCUGGCCCUGCUGAAGAUGGUGAUGCACGCCAGGUCCGGAGGAAACCUGGAGGUGAUGGGCCUCAUGCUGGGGAAGGUCGACGGCGAAACCAUGAUGAUCAUGGACAGCUUUGCUUUGCCGGUGGAGGGCACCGAGACCCGGGUCAACGCACAGGCUGCAGCCUACGAGUACAUGGCAGCGUACAUCGAAAAUGCCAAACAGGUUGGCCGUCUGGAGAACGCUAUUGGCUGGUACCACAGUCAUCCAGGCUACGGCUGCUGGCUGUCGGGCAUCGAUGUCAGCACUCAGAUGCUCAACCAGCAGUUCCAGGAGCCAUUUGUGGCUGUUGUGAUCGACCCCACUCGGACUAUUUCUGCAGGGAAAGUCAACCUUGGCGCCUUCAGAACCUACCCAAAGGGUUACAAACCUCCUGAUGAAGGACCCUCAGAAUAUCAGACAAUACCUCUCAACAAGAUUGAAGACUUUGGUGUUCACUGCAAACAGUAUUAUGCCUUGGAGGUAACUUACUUUAAGUCCUCCCUCGAUAGAAAGCUCCUGGAACUCCUUUGGAAUAAAUACUGGGUCAAUACCUUAAGCUCCUCAAGUCUCCUCACGAAUUCGGACUACACCACAGGCCAAGUGUUUGACCUGUCGGAGAAGCUGGAGCAGUCAGAGGCCCAGCUGGGCAGAGGCAGCUUCAUGCUCGGGUUGGACACACAUGACAGAAAGUCUGAGGACAAGCUGGCCAAAGCAACACGAGACAGCUGCAAGACGACCAUCGAGGCGAUUCACGGCCUGAUGUCUCAGGUCAUCAAGGACAAACUCUUCAAUCAAAUCAACACAUCUGCCAAUUAAACCUGGACUAUGAGCUGAUUUGGAUUUCACCUGGAAAUGUUUUCUUGUGCAUGUCUAGCACUUACUGGUUUAUGGUGAUUUUCUUUUUUUUAUUCAAUUUUUUUUGUGUUUGAGGUAGCUAAGGAAUACAGCAAGGACUCCUGCUCCAAAAAAUAAAAAAAAUAUCUAUACAAAA